UGUUUGAAAAGAACAAGGGGAGGAUGAUGUGCAGCAGUGGUUUUCGCUUUGUGACAGAGAACAGAGGGCCAACUCAGACAGACACGCUCACCACCUCCUCUGAAGCUCUAAACGUCAGUAUCCUAAGCAUCACAUGGUGUCAGGACCCUAAUAGACUAAAGACACCACAGACUCUAAUGGACAUCCUCAGCUUCAUCACAGGGUGCACACUUGUCUCGCUUGGUCACUGUUGGAUGGUGAAGGUGCCCAAUACUGUGAAGGCAGUAGAUGGCAGCUGUGUAGAAGUGUCCUGUCACACCGCCCCCCACCACAGGGUCAUCUGGUACCAGUAUCAUAGCGUUCACUAUCCUAAGCUUUAUGAUGGCAAGGAACCGACCAGUGUGGGGGCCAGUUUUAGAGGGCGUACAUCAGUGCCAGGCAAUUCAGCAGAGGGGGACUGUACACUGAGGUUUGAGAGUGUGACGUGGAGAGACAAUAACCUCAAGCUCUACAUGUGGAUCAACCCUGAUGAGUCCGCUACACAACUGUUCCAUCAUCAGAUCGUAACAAUUACAAUUGAAAAUAGAAAAGCUCCUGCGUUAUCCAUGCAGAAUGCAAUGGUGGAUGGAGCCUUAUUCCAGGCCAACUGUAGUGUCUGGCACUCCUGCCCAUCCUCUCCUCCAUCCCUUCACUGGAGCCGCUUGCCUGUAAAUUCUACAGCGGUGACGUCAAUGGAGGAAAAGGGAGGGCUGUGGGUGUCCACUGAGACAAUACAAGGAAGAGGAACGUGCCAACUGCACAAAAAAGAGAUGAAAUGCACAGCUCAAUUCGCUACAGUCCAAACUGAGAGUCAAGCAGUCAUUCUUAACAUCUCGUAUGCCCCUGUAGGUGUGAAUAUGAUGGCGGAUGAACAGCCAGUCAGUGAAGGUCAUAGUGUCAAUCUGGAGUGUGUUGCUGACAGCAACCCCCAGCCAGGCCAGUAUGUGUGGAUCAGACGACAGGGAGGCCAAAGCAUCCAAACGAAUUCAACUCAGGGAAAAAUGUCCUAUCCCAACAUUAGCCGAGACUCUUCAUUCUCCUGCAUUGUCCAAAACAAUAUUGGAUCAAGUCAGUCAGCCUGGCUGUUUCUGGAUGUCAACUUCCCCCCAGCAAUCCUCUCUGACUCCACUUGCUCCUUGAAGGGUGGGAUUCUGACCUGUGUGUGUAGAGCAGAAGCCCGACCUAAUGCCACUCUGCGCUGGACGAUCAACGGAAGCAGCACUCUCCCAUCCUCCUUCACUUCCAUCACCAUAUACAGAGAUAAUACUGUGUCAGCAGAACUCACUGGGCCUGUGGAAAGUCGACCAAAUGUCUCCUGCGUAGCCAGUAACUCACUGGCCACUGACAUCCAGCAGCUGCCCCUUGACACAAAAUUCACAGCUGGACAGUUUCUGCCAUGGAUGCUGACUGCUCUGGCAGUUGGAAGUGUCUUUCUGGGAUGUGUAAUGUUUGUAUGCAGAAGACGUUGCAGAGAGAGGCCAAAGGCCAGCUCUAUUCUCCACACGUUGGAUAUCCCUCUAAGGCCAAAGGCCAGCUCUAAUCUCCACACGUUGGAUAUCCCUCUAAGGCAAGGUGACAUGUCAGAGUCCCUAAGGUACAGCAAUCCCCAAAAACCACAGCAAAAGCCUGAGAGGACCAAGCCUAAGGCCAUGCCAAUGGCCAUACCCAAGGAGAAAGCACGGACGGAUAGCCGAUCGUCAGUCUACGAAAAUGACUUUGUGCCAAAGAAGCCUAGUCAAAACCCAGCAAAGAACAACGAGAAGAUCAAAUUACAAGAUAGCACAAAGGCUAUGUGUUCAGACAUGGAUGAUAUUUACCAAAAUUAUUGAACUACCAGUGCACACAACAUUUGCUUCAGAGUGCAUAAUAAUAAUGUUAUCCAAUUGUUAUAAGCUGACGAUUGAGUCGUGUAGCCUACUGUUAAAAGUCUAAAGUUGUUGUGUUUGUGCACCUGUCUGGGCUGUGUGGAUUGUGUUUUUUUUGUGUUUAAGUGAUGAAUGUAACCUAUGUUUUGUAUUGUAACUUUUGUAUCAACUUAAUUUGUGUGUCAAAUUGCUUUUAAAAAUGUGUUACGUGAACAUAAUUAUAACUGAAAUAAAAUACAUACAUGUUAA